ACGGUGAUGGUGGUGUGGUUGUUGAUUUUGAUUCAUCAAUGCAUAUAUUUAGGCCUGUUUCUGUCCAGGCUAUGUGGACGAUGUUUCAAAGAUUACAUAAAGUAUACUUUAUAUAUUUUUCAGCUCUUCGAUUUGAUGAGCUUCUCGAAUUGCUUUUGGAGGAAUUAAUCGAUGCACAAAAUGCAAAAAGUUCAGCACAACAAUUUGGGAAAACAGCGAGGCGUUUGAUCGAUUAUUACAAUGAGCAAGUAUCAUCAGACGAUACGAUAGUUACAAUGUGGGAGCGUUCAACGUCAUCUUGUACUGGUGAAACAGGUAACGAUUUGGGAGCAACAAGCGCGGAUGCUGAGCGACUUAGUCAUGAUUAUCGAGGCGAUGAUGAUUCCGUAAAAGCACGAAUUUACGAACGAUUAAAAGAGGUAAUGCAAACUGCGGAUUUGGAUGAAGUUACGAGUAGAGAUAUCCGUUUAAAGGUGGAAGACAGUAUGCAUAUGAAACUGGAUAAAUAUAAAGACUUUAUCAGUCGUCAGAUGAUGGUUAUUAUGGGACAGAUGGAUAAAGCAUCACAGAUUUUUCCUUAUCUUUAUUUGGGUACUGAAUGGAACGCAUGCGACUGGCAGUGGCUUGAAAAUAAUGGAAUCAAAUACAUUGUUAAUGUAACGAAUGAAGUUGAAAAUUUUUUCCCUGCUCGUUUAAAGUAUUUAAAAAUACGCGUUUCGGAUGAAGCUAGCACCGAAUUGCUGAAAUACUGGAAUCAAACAAAUCAUUUUAUUAAAGAAGCAAAAGAAAAAGGUGGUGCUGUAUUAGUGCAUUGCAAAAAAGGCAUCAGCCGAUCAUCUUCUACAGUGAUAGCUUUCGCAAUGAAGGAAUAUGGAUGGGCACUUUCGCAAGCAAUGGAACAUGUAAAAAAUAAGAGGGGUUGUAUUACACCAAAUAUUGGUUUUGUAGAGCAGCUCAGGACAUUUGAAGGUAUGUUACACGCUUUCAAGAAAAGAAAUCAGUUUGAUGUAACACCAUCGACAUCAGUUGAGCCUGUUGAUUUAAUACGUUUCCGUCGUAUGUUGGAUAAAGAUGAUAGGAAUACUAGUGAAGAAGUUACACGUACUCGUAGUAAGAAGGAACAGUGUGUAGCAAAUAUGGUCAAAAGUUUGGUUGGUAGUUUUGAAGCAAAAGGUCGCGGUGAUGUGCGUGAUGGAAGUGAGCCUCCUUUAUCAGAACGUCGAUUAAAUCGACCUCCAGUAACAUUCCGAUUACAAAGUAUAACUGACUGGAAGUUUCGAGAUCGUAUAACCGUGCCAGUUUCUAACAAUUGCUCUAAUCGACAAGUGCGCGCACUUACUAUAUCACAGUGA